CCUUUCCACUGACUGCUUAGUUUAGUGUCUGAGUCACCACUGGGGCCAGGUCCCUACACUGGGGCUGGAUCCUGCAGACAAGCUCUCUGACUCCUGCCCGUGGAUUUCACACAUCUGCAGCGUACCAGCUUCUAAGUGAGCAAAAUAUAUAAAGAAAUGGCUACAACGGCAGCAAACACUCAAAGACAAACUAUAGGCUGUGAGGAAUACAGUCUGUACAGCAGCCUGAGUGAAGACGAGCUCAUAAAGAUGGCCAUCCAGCAGAGCCUGGGAGAGGAUCCCGUGUGCCAGCCAGAUGCCCACCAGAAGUCGAUGGUGGCACGUCCCAGUGAGGCAGCUGUCCCCAGCCACUCCAGCUGCCACAACCCAAACUACCACAUCUACCCUUGGCAAAGACUGGCAGCCCAGCAGAGGGGCCGUGCUCAGCCAUCCAGCUCGGGGGCAGCCUGGGGGGUCAGGCGAAGGUACGACGGCAGCCUCUUCAGCACAUCCCAGCCUGUAGAACUUGACCCUGUAGUGGCAGCAAUCAAGAAUGGAGAUGAAAAAGCAGUAAGAAACAUGAUGAAAUCAGGAAGAGAUCUUUCUGAACCUAAUAAGGAUGGCUGGAUACCCCUCCAUGAAGCUGCAUACUAUGGCCAAGUGGGUUGCCUGAGCCUGUUGCAAAAAGCGUACCCCAGCACAAUCGACCAGCGCACCCUCAAUGAGGAGACAGCUCUCUACCUGGCCACCAGCCGGGGCAACCUGGACUGCUUGCUUUCCCUGCUGCAGGCUGGGGCUGAGCCUGACAUCUCCAACAAAGCCAGAGAAACGCCACUUUACAAAGCGUGUGAGCGCAAGAAUGCAGAGGCUGCAAGACUUCUGGUACAGUACAAUGCUGACACCAACCAUCGCUGCAAUCGAGGAUGGACUGCUCUCCAUGAGGCUGUCUCCCGAAAUGACCUGGAGAUUAUUGAUAUACUUGUGAAAGGGGGUGCCAAGAUUGAGUCUGCAAAUGCCUAUGGGAUCACUUCUUUAUUCGUGGCAGCUGAGAGUGGGCAGUUGGAAGCUUUGAGAUACCUUGCAAAAUGUGGUGCUGAUAUAAAUACUCAAGCCAGCGAUAACGCCUCUGCUCUUUACGAAGCUUGUAAAAAUGGACACGUACAUAUUGUGGAGUUUCUUUUGUCCCAGGGAGCAGAUGCUAACAAAGCCAAUAAGGAUGGCCUGUUACCUCUUCACAUAGCAGCCAAAAAAGGGAUUUGCAAGAUUGUCUCUAUGCUGAUCCCCGUGACCAGCCGCACCCGCAUCAAGCGUAGUGGUAUCAGCCCCUUGCACUUAGCGGCUGAACGCAAUAACGAUGACAUCUUGGAAGAGCUGAUCGAUGCUGGCUAUGAUGUCAACACUGCGCUGUCCAACGAACGGUCCUGCCUUUACGAAGACAGACGCACUACCCCCCUCUAUUUUGCUGUUUUUAACAAUAACAUCUAUGCAACAGAGCUCCUGCUGCAAGCUGGAGCCAACCCCAAUGUUGACCUUAUUAACCCAUUGCUCAUCUCCAUCCGCCAUGGCUGCCUGAAGACCAUGAAACUGCUCCUUGACCAUGGAGCAAACAUUGAUGCCUAUAUAUCAAGCCACCCCACCACAUUUCCAGCUACCAUCAUGUUUUCAAUGAAGUACCUAUCUGUGCUGAAGUAUCUGCUGGAUCUGGGCUGUGAUGCAGGUUCCUGUUUUGAGUGUCAGUACGGAAAUGGCCCACACCCUGCAUUAAAUUACAGACGGGACAGACUUAAUGAUCCUCAACUGUCCAAGGAGCCAACUGUAGUUCAGUUUUGUGAAAUGGUGUCUACUCCAGAGAUUAGUCGCUGGGCUGGGCCAAUCAUCGAUGUUCUUCUGGAUUAUGUGGGUAACGUGCAGCUCUGUUCCCGGCUCAAGGAGCAUAUUGACAGCUAUGAGGACUGGGCUGUUAUUAAAGAAAAAGCAGAGCCCCCACGACCUCUUUCCCAUCUUUGCCGCAUCAAGGUACGAAGCCUGGUUGGAAGAAACCGAAUUAAACUUCUUGACACCUUGCCUCUCCCAGACAGACUGAUUCGAUACUUACAGCAUAAUUACACAGAGUGACCCAAGGCACACUGGACACACAGCGGCUUCCUGGCAUACCACCCAGCAUCAUCAGCAUGGCAAGGGCACACAUUGUGCAUGGUGGGGAGGAAUUGCUGCUGGCUUUGUCAAUAGCCCUCCAACAACUAAUUGAAGACAAAUAGGCUUCUGAAGCAUGAGUAAGAAGAAAACGAUGGAGGCAGAGAACUAAGCAUAGGACUACUGUUAGGUUUUCCAAGAGAAAACAUACUAUUCACCUCAAAGCUUGGUUUGCAGAAAAAAUGAAAGCCGACACUGAAAAAUGAGUAGUGCUGAAGCAAGUAUCAGUGAGGAACUCAAAGGUAUUCUGGGGUUGUGGUGAAGCUUAGCAUCCCUGCUGUAACCAAAAUUGAGAAAUUGUCAAGAUUCAACAUAUUUGGGAAAACAAACACAUUUUCUUCCCCAACUGAGACUUUAAUUUCAGUUUCUAUUCUACUGUUUAGAUUUCUGCUAAGUGUGCUAAUUCUCUGAUACUUUGACACCAUCUUGCUAACACACUUGCUUUCAUUUUUUGGACCUUUCUUAUUGAGUACUUGAUUUCUGAACAUUCAAAUCUCAGACUUUUAAUAAACUAAAAUACAGAAAUGCUGAUUCCUGUAAAAGUCAAAGAAAAGUUUAGUUAAGAAGGAUGUAGGAACUGUAGUGAAUACAGUUAAUUUUGUAUUACAUUUGCAGUGAGAAGAAAGUUAAAUUCUGCUUGAGAACAUUUUCUAGACUGGGGAUUUGAAGGCAAUUUGAGUUUCUGGUGUUGUUUGUUUUGUGGGGAGGGUUGGUUGUAAAUUAGAAGUGGCUGUACUGUAAACAGUAGCUUUACUAUGUCAUGGAGCUGGUGUCAGGACAGAACAAAGCCCUGGGGGAACAGGAACAGAAGGUGAUGUGGAGAGGUGAGGUAUGUAGGGAGAUGCAACACUUAUAAAAUGAUUUUAUCUGUUCCUUCUCUAGGAGAUCUUGCUCCCUACAAGGCCCAACCUCUGUUACUCCUUGGACCUCUGUAGCUAUAACAAUACCAUAACUGGAAGAAAGAGAGAUUAUUUUAAAAUUAUGAAAAUCAGUCUGAGAUUUAUGAAAACAAAUACCCAGAAUUAGGCCUCCAAAUCCUUUUCAGGUGCCUAAACAAUGUCAAGUUGCUUGCGCCAGGUAUAGUUGCACUAAGCCAGUGGGAUCACAUGUGGUGUAAGGUAUUACUGAGGCAGAAUAAAUGUCUUAGGAUUUAGCCCUGAAUUUCCUGUCUUUAGAGGUUUGAAGUAUCUAUCAGUCCCUUUGACACUGAAAGUUAGUAUUUCAGCUUCUUUGAAAAUUAGGUCACCUGUUUCCAGCUCAGAUCCACAGCUGAUUUAUGGCAGCUUAACAAGUUACCAUCUAUCAGCUGAACCACUAUAAUUGUCCGUGAAAUUCUUUUAUUGAAGUUUUUAACAAGUCACAUUCCUUCACAGCUGGGGAGGCCGAAGAGCCCAUGAACAGUUAUUGGCAGUGACGACAGCUCAGUUGACAGGUGUGACUUGCUGAACUGAUUUGAUGAGUGCCUUAAUUUUUUAACUAGGCACCUAAAUAAGGACGAAAAUACCUACAUUUGGAACUAUAUCUUUGUGGAUCUUAUGCUAGACACAUACUCAUUCUUACCUCAGGUGAUUAAGGGGCUGUGCACCAGGGUUUAUUUGGAUUCCCCACCAGAGACCUGAAAGAUCUGGUUUUGUUUGUUGGCCUGCAUGCCAGCCAUGGAAUCAGAUACAAAUGUAAGUAAUCAGAUACAAAAAUAGCGAAAAUGCAUUGCACCGAGUUUUAUUUGCGUGGAGUUUUAUACCUUAACACGGGAGUAAAAGUGUGUUGCACAAAACAAGUCUGGGCACACAAGUUCAGAUUCUGUGAUGGUUUUGUGUGAAAUGUGUUCAGCACUUGUAGGACAGGAUGUGGGCAGAAGAACUGGUUACAGCUGUGGGCGCUCUGUCCAUAGCUGUCCCCUUCCCAAAUGCAAAGGAGUUGAAAAACCAAUAGUUUCAAUUCACACUGAACAGUGAUCUUCUUGCAAAGAUUUGGAAAGUCAGGUGAGAUUCCCCCACUGCUGAGAUUUUGUCAAGCAGCUUCUGUUACUACCAGUUUAAGAUCUACCCUUUGUCUCCUGCAGUGUGAACAGGGAAUUGCUUCAGGUUGGAAAAAUACUGGGUAGAGGGAAAGGCAUGGAGAAUAGGAAAUCCUUAGACCAGUUUUGCCAAUAAAGGCCCUGUAGAACGUUUAGAAAGGGCUUAAUAGAAAAUUAUCUAUGGGUUUUUUGCACCUCUCAUUUUACAGUGCUUGAGUAGUGAAGGUCUGGGUCUUACUCGUAUCAAUAUAAAUCAGAAGAAAAUUCUUUGAAAUUAAAUGAGUAUGACAGAGUCAUAGAGGCUGAUGGAUAUAGACACAGCUUGGUGAAGAUCAUUACUUAAGUGCUUGUUUAGUGUGCAAUGCAAUGACAGCCCUGGAGACAGCUGGCUAGUAGAAGGAUUUGGUCACCAACUGCAUGUAUAACCACAGGGGUGGGAUUUCAUAACCUAUCCCAAACUAGAAAUUUCCCCUGAGCCAACACUGUUAUGUACACAAAAGUCUUUUGGAUUGCAAUGUCUUUUUCUGUCCUUGAAGAAGUUGAGACUGGGUUUGAGUGGAUCAAAUAUGGAAAUUCCAUUUCCUCUUUCAACUAAGUGACUUUCAUCUCUAUUGGGAGACCCAUGUCCUGGUUGUUUUCAACCAUCUGUACUGAUGAGGAGGUUCACUGAGCUGGAGAGCACUGAUCUGAUGGUAUGUACUGCAACUGCAGGAAAGAAAAGUGCACAGUGCAAACAGAAGCUGAGGAGAAUCUGUUAGAGGGGGAAUCUGGUAAUUACAAUGUUACUGAAUAAUUUCUGCUUGAUCUUCACACAACUAGUUUACAUGUAUUUGCACUGAAAUGGAGCCUGCUACCUCUCCACUCCAGUCACUGACAGUAUUUUAUGCACAAUACUGAAUCUGCGCAAAUUCAAUGUGCAUUUAAUGCAUCUAUCUACAUGCUACUGUGAAAAGACAGAUACCCCUAAACCCAAAUAAACCAGGCUUUUUAAGCAGAUCAAUGGUUCUAGUGCAAGCAAAAGUAGCUUAUUUUUACUGAAUGUGAUAGAUAGACUCCUUCAGAGAUUAUGAAUUUAUGUGAAAUGUUCUACAAAUAUUUCAUUACCAGGUUACUGUACAUUUUUUACUGCAACAUGUGCAAUUCACUUGAUGUUCCUGUGCACUUUUUGAUUUUUUAUUUCAUUUUAUAUGAAUGCUUUUUCAUUCACCUCUCCCUUCCCUUUAUUUAUAUAAGGUAUUGUGUUUUAAACAGUUUAAAUUUGCAUUGUUGUAGUAAAUAUCAGCUUUUGAAUGUUGUGUUUCCAUCUUUCAAAGUAUGAAUAAAUAAGUCGAUUCUGAAGGGCUAUCUGCUGUCCUGAAUAGCAACAUUGAACAACCAAACACAAAAAUAGCCAGAAAUGUCUGAAUCAGUCCAAGCUUGAGCACUUAAUAAUUUUGAUGUCAAUCUCAAGGAUGAGAGAACAGUAAGUAUUGCUGGAGAGCAGAGUUGCUAUACUUUGCAAACCUUUUAGAAAAUCUCACAUAUCCUCAUUAAAUAAUCUUGAAUAUACUUAACAAUUA